AAGAAGAACAAACUAAAGUAGUAACAAAAACACGAUUGCCUGCCAAGGAAAAGGAGUUCCUGCUAAAGGGCUGAAACAAUAAAUCUGAAUUCCCAGAGGGAGUCUGUCGUGUUUCCUCCUGUUCUUUAUCAAGCUCCCAAAAAUAAGCAGGGCUGGGCAGUGGCCAUUCAUAUGGGGAGAGAGUUUUGUGCUUCGCUGCCGUUGGAAAAGGAAUGCCUGCAGCACAGAGAAGAAGCACUAUGGAGCUGUUGGGAAGAGUCCUCCUCUCUGCGGCUAUGUUGACCCUCUGCUGUGUUGGCGGUAAUGAAGACAUAAAUACAACACCCAGCAAGGGCCCAACAAGUCCUGGAUCAACCACAACUAUCUCAACAACUAAAGCAAGCCAAGAAACCUCUUCAAGGAACACAAGCAAAGCUGCAACUGCAGAUAAUACAACUACUAUUGCGAAUUCUUCAGCGAAUUCUUCAGCAACAGCCCAACCAACACAGACCUCUGCACUAUCAACAUCGAACAACACAGCAAGCACAGGGACAGCUGAAUCACCAGCACUGAGCACUGUGACUUCAUCUCACUCGGCUCUAACAACUCCUGCUCAACGUAACAAGACAACAUCUCCCAACAAGAAUGCCACUCAGAGAAGCGUACAAGACACGCUUCAAAAAGUAACUGAAGUUCCAACUGAAAGCAACACUGUAAAUGCACACUCUGAAAAACAGGACCACCCCUCUUAUACCACCAUUAUUUUGCCGGUCAUCAUUGCCUUGAUAGUAAUAUCACUUUCCGUAUUCCUUCUGGUGAUUUUGUACAGAAUGUGCUUGAAGACAACUCCAGAGAGACAAGAAAACGGAACUGAACAAGCCCCAUCGGAUAAAGAGAAUGUGAAACUUAUUUCUGUGAAGGCAACUUCUCCAGAAAAUGGCGAUCAGGCUUCUCAAGGGAAGAAUAGAACUCGGCAGCAGAAUGAUUUGUCUUCUUCACGCCUUGGCAACAAACAGGUGUGAAGACAUCCUGUUCCAUGAAUUCCUCCUGGAAGAAGCUACUCCAGAGCAGACAUUCCAAUGGAACAGUGUGGAUUCAUGGCGUCUCCACAUUGACAGACAGAAUGUGCACACUUACUUCAUAAUAGUUUUAUUUACACAUUGCCACUUUCCCCCCUUAUAUGCCUGCUGUUUUUAUAUUUUUAUAGUUGCUCUGUUAACUGGUGUAUAGUACAUAUUUAUUGAUUUCCCCAUGUGUAAAAGCACUGAAAUGUUCACAUGUUAUAAUACUAAUGUCAAAUCGAUAUUUGACUGUUGGUGAGAAAUUCUGUAUAUAUAAAACAUAUUCUGCCUGUAAAGGGGGGGGGGGAGUUAAUAUAUUUUCUUGUACUUCGUUUUUUAAAAAAUAGUCAUACCACAAACACUGGACCACAUGGAGGGUUUUGUGUAGGCAGAACUGCACACUGGUGUCCUACCUUUCCAUUCAUAAAAGGAAGGAGCUUGUGGAAUGGAGCUUUCCAACCACUCCCCCAUGUCCCCAAAAUGCUCUGCUCCCAGUGGUUGGGGGACUCUUGAGAAAGAUGUGUGAUCUGGGGCAGAGUACAUAGCUGCCAAGUAUCCCGUUUUCCCCGGGAAACCCCCGUUUUUACGUACCGUUUCCCGGCGGUCCCCCAUAUCUCUCUGUCUCCCGUUUUUCUCCCUAAAAUUCUCCUGCCAUUGGCCAU